AUGGCCCCCGUGACUGAGCCAGUUGCUGCACCUGCUCAAUCAGAAUCCAUUCCCACUCCUAGCACCACCCCCGCAGUCACCUCCCUUUCCCAAUCCACCGCGCCCCCUCUCCUGAUCAAGAAGCUAGUUCCCACAGCUCGUGCUCCCACUCGAGGUUCAGCCUUUGCGGCGGGAUAUGAUCUUUACUGUGCGAAAGCCAUUGUGAUCCCGGCUAAGGGCAAGGCCCUCGUUGAUACCGGGCUGGCAAUUGCAGUCCCGGACGGAACUUACGGUCGGAUAGCACCUCGCAGCGGCCUCGCAUCGAAACAUUUCAUCGAUACGGGCGCUGGCGUCAUUGAUGCGGAUUACAGGGGAGAAGUUAAAGUUCUACUGUUCAAUUUUUCGGACGUGGAUUUCACAGUCAACGAGGGCGAUCGGAUUGCGCAAUUGGUCCUUGAACGGAUUUAUACUCCUGAAGUAGUCGAGGUCGAGCAGCUGGAAGAAAGUGUCCGUGGUGCUGGUGGCUUUGGAAGCACGGGAUAG